AUUAACCUCAACAAUGAAGCUGACCCGUUUCUUACCCGCUAAUCUUGACCCGCCCCAGUUCUUCUUAACUCACCAUAUCAAACCCCAGUGCCGGAAUCAAAUUUUGCAGGAAAAACUAAAAAAUGGUGAGAUUCGGAAGAAUACUUCUAAAAGAUGGAACCGUCGGGAUUAACAAAACACUAUUAGAAUAUCUGGUCUGUCCACUUUCAAAACAACCUUUAAGGCUUUGUGAGAAGACGAAUUCUCUAAUCAGUGAUGCCAUUGGUGUUUCUUAUCCGAUAGUCGAUGGGGUCCCUCGUCUUGUACCAACAGAUGGCAAGAUUAUUGAGACUGAUGAUGCAUUGAAUUCUAAUGGUGCUGGUGAUCUGCCUAAUAAAAAAACAUGAUGAUCAAAGAGGUAGUUCUUAAGACUAUCCACUGACAAACAUCGAGGGAGCUCAUUAUCUGAUGGAAGAUGUUCGAAAAGAUUAUGUGAGUUUACUCAGUUGUACCUCUUUAUUAUGUCAACCUUUUCUUGACUGCAGUUCUAGUUGUAGCGAUCUGUACUUAUCAAUGAGACUAAUAAGAAGUGCUUCUCCUUGAUUAGUAAUACCUAGAAGAGGCUAAUUUCUAUUUUUUUCC